AUGUCUGUCUGUCCCCGCAGGGUGUCCUUCUGCACCUUCCUGGCCCACGAGUACCCAGACCUGGUGCAUAAGGUGAUCAUGAUCAACGGCGGGGGCCCCACGGCGCUGGAGCCCAGCCUGUGCUCCAUCUUCAACAUGCCCACGUGUGUCCUGCACUGCCUGUCCCCCUGCCUGGCCUGGAGCUUCCUCAAGGCCGGCUUUGCCCGCCAAGGUGCCAAAGAGAAGCAGCUGCUGAAGGAAGGCAAUGCCUUCAACGUCUCGUCCUUCGUGCUGCGGGCCAUGAUGAGCGGGCAGUACUGGCCCGAGGGGGACGAGGUGUACCACGCCGAGCUGGCCGUGCCCGUGCUCCUGGUCCACGGCAUGCACGACAAGUUCGUCCCGGUGGAGGAGGACCAGAGGAUGGCCGAGAUCCUGCUGAUCGCCUUCCUGAAGGUGAUCGACGAGGGCAGCCACAUGGUGAUGAUGGAGUGCCCCGAGACGGUGAACACGCUGCUCCACGAGUUCGUCCUGUGGGAGCCCGAGACGCCAGCUGGGGACGGGCACGGGGAGAAGAAAUAAGGCAGCGGGACACGGAGACCGGGCUGCUCCCAUGGGAGAGAUGUUUCGGAGCGCAGAGGGGUUUGUGAGAGCGGAGGGGCUCCGGGGGCUGCCCUCGUCGGGAGCGCAGCCCGUUUGGUUUCCCGGCCGUGCCGGAGGUUGCAGGGGGAGCAGGGAGGCUCCCCCAGGGCAGGGAGUGCAGGGCCGGCAGCGGGAACACGGCAGACCUGGUCCCCAACCCCGCGGGGACGGCGCCGGAGCGUCUUCAUCCUGUUCCUUUGUAGUGUUAUUUUCCUCACGCAGCGACACCUCCGGGGAUGGUCCCACCCGCGGCACAACGGGAAGGACUCGCAGGGGCUCCAGGAGGGCCGGAGGACCUGAGCUGGGAUUGCUUUGAAGGGGAAGCCAAAGGCUCUUCGGCCUCAGCGGCAGGAUUUGCCUCUCGAGCCACCCGGGAGGAUGGGACGGCCACGUCCCGGCUUCGAGGGCUCCUCGUGGACGGCAGCAGCUCCUGCACGGAGGAUGAGGAGGUGUCCUGCCCCCGUGG